CUGUUGCAACAACAGAUCAAAGACCGAUUAUUUAAUUAUAUUUGUAAACAUUUAUGCAUGCAUAAAGGGAUACAGGGUGUAGCUUCAUUGUGACCUAGAGAAAACUCUUGAGAAUUCUUCUUAAUUACGUGUCCAUUUUUUAUUGACGGAACUUUAUUAAAGUUCUGUUUUCUAACUAUUAUCCAUAUACGAAUAAAUGAAUGGAUGUAUAUUUGAUUGACCACGUUUUUAAAGAAUACUUGUACAAUAUAACAUACUAUCAUAGCAAAAGUGAAACGAAUGGAAAACACAACGAUUAUAACAACAGUGUCUUCAACAGACAAUAGUAAUAGUGUCACAACUUUAAAUAUCAUUAUUUUCGUAUUGUUCGCAAUUAUUUUCUUGUUUGGCACUAUUGGAAAUGGCUUGGUUCUCUACUACUUCCGUUUCAAAGAUAAACCUCUAGGGAUUGCGACAGAAAAACGUAGAAUAUCAGAAUUUUUAUUUAGUUUACUCUCUCUUGUUGAUUUUUUCGCUGCUGCAUUGAACUCUGCAUUGUACAUGUAUUGGAAUGUAACAGAUUAUAAAUGGCACUUAGGUUAUUGGAGUUGCAAAAUAUUAGUUCCUUUAGGAACAAUUGCUACAACAAUGUCUGGAGGAAUUAUCGCUGUCCUAUCAUUCGAUAGACAUCGCGCCAUUGUUUAUCCGUUUAAAAGCCAUUUCAAACUUUUUCACAUUAAAAUAUGGAUUUUUUGUGUGUUAGUAUACUCUCUUUUAAUUAACGCUCAUUAUUCCAUAAACAUUUCUUUACAUAAUAAUCGAUGUAACGUAAGGGAUACAAGCAAAAAGACGUACAGUAUUCCAACAAUAAUACACUUUUUUUUAAACGAUUGUACACUAUUAUUUGUCAUAAAUUUUACAAACUACCGAAUAUUUUCAAAAAGGCUUCACUUAAGUCCCACUAGCACAUUAAUGAAAAUGCUUGGAAGCAACGCUUGUAAACGACGCAAGAAAGACAAUAGCAGAACAAUUCGUUUGUUAGUCGUGAUGACAAUUGUGUUUUUUCUGUUAACAUUACCGAGAGAUAUACUUCAGUUUGUAUUUUUGAUGUCAUGGCUAAUAGGUGAUGGUAUAGUAGUAUCAAAAGCACUAAACAGCUUGAACUCUUUCCUAAAAGUUUUCAACGUAGCUAAUUCCUGUGUCAACCCUAUAAUAUUUUACGGAAUGCAUGCAGGGUUUAACGUUUUUAUUAAAAGUUUUUUUUGUAAGCCUAAAUCUUUAAUUCGAGGAAGGAGAAUAAGCGUUAAUGAAAUGGCAACUUUUGUUCGCAGUCAAAGUGCUAUUUAAAAGACCAGUUAUUUAGAUCAAUACUUUUAAGAUUAAAAUAGUACUUUUUAUGGAAUAUUUCAAUUGUUUCAUGAUUGUUUAUCUAACUUUCGGUAAUUUAAUAAAUAUGAAAAAAAUUUAAACAAAAAAUGGUUUUUUAUCUCAGUUUAAAUAGAUAAACGAUUAGCAGGACAGGAUAGUUAGAAACUUUUCAUAAAAAGUGUGUAAUGUGAUUUUUUUUUAUAUUUAUUUCUAAAUUUUUAAUUUCCAUAAUAUUCUUUGUUCAAUAAAUAUUUCAAACAUGUUUUUGUUGACAAUGAAAACUAGCAGAACUAGAAUCACCUGUUAUAGAAGGGGUGUGAUGGAUGGAUGAGAAUCACCUGUAGAGAUAUAGAAGGGGUGUGAUGGAUGGAUGAGAAUCACCUGUAGGGAUAUAGAAGGGGUGUGAUGGAUGGAUGAGAAUCACCUGUAGAGAUAUAGAAGGGGUGUGAUGGAUGGAUGAGAAUCACCUGUAGAGAUAUAGAAGGGGUGUGAUGGAUGGAUGAGAAUCACCUGUAGAGAUAUAGAAGGGGUGUGAUGGAUGGAUGAGAAUCACCUGUAGAGAUAUAGAAGGGGUGUGAUGGAUGGAUGAGAAUCACCUGUAGAGAUAUAGAAGGGGUGUGAUGGAUGGAUGAGAAUCACCUGUAGAGAUAUAGAAGGGGUGUGAUGGAUGGAUGAGAAUCACCUGUAGAGAUAUAGAAGGAGUGUGAUGGAUGGAUGAGAGGAAGAGCUGGAUGUCAAAUUAAAUUUUUGUUUUCUAACCAAAUGUUAUUAAUAAAAGUUUGUUGACCGAUAACAGUUGUGUAACUUUGUUGAAAUCUAAAGAGAAAUAAAAGUAUAAAAACAUAGCAAAAAUAUAAUUAUAAAAGUAUAAAUUAUAA